AUGAUAAAUUUAAAGACGGUCAAAGCCUUGGUUUCUCCAAGAUAUAGUGAAGGGGUUAUGUAUGUUAUACCCUGCGAAUGGGUUAGAAGAGUGGUAUUCGAGGAAAACGGGUACAUGAUUCUAAAAUCCUUUGAGUUUUGCUGCUGUCAAGUUUUGAAGCGCACCGAUUGUAAACUGGUACGUUGUCAAGAGAUGAUCUUAGGCGAACCGUAUUUCAAGGACGCGUCGUAUUUUCACGUGGGCUGUGGGCCCUGCAACGACGAACGUGCAUACUUGUUGUAUGAAAUACCGAUUUUUUUGGGUCUAAAACCCUUGUUUGAAAUAUUAAAAACAACAUCGUUUCAAGCGGAUAUGUUAUAUAUUAUAUAUAUAUUAGGUGAUCUUGGCGAUACGAUGCUUCAUAUGAUGAAAAAUGACGGUUCGUUUAAAGAAUACGAUACUGAGUAUCUACAGAAAAUGUUAAAACAUAUUUUAGUAUGUACUAAAUGUUGUAAAUAUUUAAAAGAUUUUAUACUGACAAUUGAUAAGUUUCUUGCGACAACCGACCCCGUACCGGAUUAUAGUGACCAAUGUAAUGUAGAAGUAUUUUUAGAUGAUAUAAUACCUUGUGAAAUUUUUUUGAUAGACGGUGAAUUUAACGUGAUUCGAGAACAAUAUUAUUCGGCAUUGUUAAAUGAUACUAAUCAAAUAGGUAUCGAAGCUACGCACGGUGCCGUGUUGAAAUUUGUACAAGAACAUGGCAGUGUAUCGCAAAUAUAA